CUCAAAGAUGGCGGAUGGGUCGCCCGAGGACCGUGCCGGCCCGAAACAAAUGAACGAUUUAACUUUUUCCGCGCCCGAUAAAGGACUUGGUGACACAAAAAAGUGCAGUGGCAAAACAUUUGACGGCGAUAGUGUAAAGUUAUCGUUCUACAGGGAACUGGAAACGAGUGAAUCGUGUGAGAGAAGUGAUACGCGCGGCGUGGCCGCUAAUCGCGCCGCGGUCGUCGGUUCGUAUUCCCGAAAAUCGUCUGAUGCGAGCACCGUGGACGGCGACGAUAGGAAGAAGAGAUGUCUGGACAGAUACGACAGCUCCGAGUCUUCUGACAGUGGUGUGGCGGUGCAUAGUCCGACGGAGAGCGGUGGAUGCAGCGGUAGCGACAUCACCGAGCCGCGCUCGCCGCGCAGCCCCGAGUCGGCGUGCAGCACCGCAGAGGACAGCGCGGGCGCGCGCAUGCCGCCGUGGGCGUGCGACCCGGCGCCGCCGGCCCCGCGACGCCUCGCGGCACAACCCGCGCCCGUGCGCCGCUCGCAGCCGCCCAUACAUCGCCGCAUCACCGAGUACUUCAACCACAAGAUGAAGCCUCAGAACGGCGUCAAGCGCGACAACGCGGCCAACGAUGAAACCAAGAAAAAGUGCCUACCUAAAAAUGGGGUCACGCAUGACCUAGAGAAAUAUAUUUCUUAUUUGUCACAGACUCUUAGUCCUAAAGUAUUAAUGGACGUCGGAAAGCAAAAUGAAGCCGCUAAUCGAAAGUCAACAAACACUACCAUGAACGGCGCUAUUGACGCCACGAAAGCGGCAGAUCUCAGCAAACCAACGCCGAAUGGUAAUUUUAAUGGUAUGAAUGAUUUCGGUAGACCGAAGGAGAUGAUAGCAAAAAAUCAUACGAAUAUGAAUGGUUUCUUGGAAAUCCGACACGGAACCGAAAGUUUUCCAAAAGCGAAGCAACCUGGAGGGCUUCUGAAAGACUUGAUAGAUGGUAAGAGACCGGGCCUUGAAAUAAAAACGUCGCAGGACCCAUCCGCCCAUGGAAUUUUAGCUAAUAAACAUACACCAGAGGUGGCUAGGCGUAAAGUUCCUAUACCUGCCUCCAGUGAUUUGGUAGGUAUGAGGAUUGCAGCCAACACUCCAAUAAGUCAAUCACCUAAGAAAGUAACAAAGCCUGACAAAUCUAGGAAUGGUGUAGUCAGCUCCACAACUAAGCUAGACAGCCGAAUGAAUGGAGUCACGUUUGGAUCUAAUAAUUUAAACUUAAAUCCCAUUACCAAGCCAACAAAAAAGGAGACGGUGAAGAAAACUACUCAACCCACGAAAAGAACAAAUCGAAAGUCAUCAGCGUGUAUUGCCAAUAGUAAAAACCUCACGUGGUCUAAAGCUAAUAAUCUAAAACAAGUGCAACUUCAACAGCAAAAUUGUACAAACAUUACUUCGAAUUCCAGUAAUAAAAAUGGACCAGGCGAGGCAAAUCCUGCCCCGAAGAUGAACAUCCAAAAUGGCGUUCGGCAGAAUACAAUGAUGAAUGGUAACUUCACCAAUCUCAAUGCACCUGUUACAAGCUAUCAAAACUGUCAUCAAAUUAACAUACCACAACCUUGUAACGGAACUGUAAAUCCUAACAACUUAACAUCAUUUGUUGCCGUUCCACAAAAUAUGAUGCUUACUGCGUUAAGGAUACCUCAGAACGGUUUAUCGGCACAAACACUGGGACAGCAAAAUAAUAUGGCAGCUUUCAACCGACCCAAUGUAAACGUCUCGAGCCCGACUAAACUAAACGGUCAGUUCGUUUUUCCACUCGUGCAGAACAUAAACGGAACGGUUGUUCAAAUACCAAAUCUAAUGACUAAGAUGCCUAACUUUAUGCUUCCUCAAACUCCACAGUUGACGACACAGAGACAGGACCAUUUACAAAACCAACAAGCGGCAUCGAUUCUCAUAAACGGUACUCUUUUGAAACUGGCUAACACUAUGACUUCGACAUAUCCGAAUGUAAACAAAAGUGAGCCGGUGACAAGUCAGCCAAUUCCAGUUAUGAAUAAAAACGUCACAGGAAUGCAAGCUGUCGGCAUGACAGUUCAAUCGAAACAGAAUUACGCUGUCAACUUUAGCCACCCCGUUCUUGUGCCGCAGCCUGGUUUUAUUGUCACAUCGGUGCCAAAUAUAAACGUGAAGGAAACGUGGAGUUAUACGAAUACGAAUACGGUGUCGUCCUCACAAACGACGUAUUCGAGUCAUUUAGUUCACCAUCCGCCGCCCAUCGUGCCGAACUAUACCACGGCCCAGGCGCUUCACACGAGUAGUAUACCCAUCGCGCCGGUCAAACCACCGGACAACCCAAUUCAGGGCACGGAUCCACCCAGCAGCACUGUGAAGGAGCACGACCUAAUUGAGAUGACGCCCUCAAAGUGUGAUAUUCCGUGGCUGUCUAAAACGGUAAACAACAACAUCUUCCCGUUACAACCAAAUAAAAAGAAUACGCGACCAUUUGCGGAAAUUAGUAGUAUAUCGGAAAAGCUUGAAGAGUUAGCUACUAAAAAGGCAAAACACGAAGUCAAGGAGGAGAAAGAGGAAGAGUCGAGAGUGGACACGAGUAUUGAACUUCGAAAGAUCGAAGAGGUCGCGAGGCGGGAAGAGACACUGUUUACGCAGAUCACUGUGCUCAAAGACGUUUCGUCUGACGUCCACAAUACAUUGAUAGAAGCAAAUUUCUGUAGUACAACAACGGAGUCAGAGUCGGGUAUAGGGACUGACAAGUCUAUAGACUCGCCGAGUGACUCUCAAACUAGUAAAGAAUGUGAUGAAGAUUCGUCGUUGUCGUUGAGUAUAAGCGUGAGUUCUGUGGAGGCGCCGAGUCAGAAGAGUCCUAUUCUAAAGCAGCCGAAGACGCUGCGGUUUCCUCCGAAGAGUUUAACGAAGCCGAGCAGUGACAAGCGCACGUCCAGCACGGAUACAACGUCUACGGUCACCGUGUGUCUGUGGGAGAACUGCAAGCGGGAGUUCGACGGAGAUCCUGAUCUCUUGGAACAUUUGCAGAGCGUGCACGUAGAAACACAAGCCGGCAAGGAAAACUACGUGUGCCUUUGGGAGCAGUGCAAGGUGCGAGGCAAGCCGUCGUGUUCCCGACUGUGGCUGGAGCGACACACAUUGUCGCACGGCGGGAACAAACCCUUCAAAUGCAUCGUCGACGGCUGCGAGAGGCGCUUCUCCACUCAGACGUUAUUGGAGCGUCACGUGAACAACCAUUUCAAUGAGGCGUCGCCCAACGCUGGAUCGGGCAAGAAAUCUGCCGAAGGCUCCGUCAAACUCAUUCGCAGAAACGGCAAGAAGCUGCGUUAUAGAAGACAACCAUGGUCUGCGCGCAUGUUCGACUUCUUCGACGCGGGCAUGAUGGAGGGUCUAGCGUGGCGACUACUACGGGCCACUCGCUGGCGUCUGCGCGGCGCCUGUCCGCUGCGCGAGCCGCCCGGCCGACACACGCUGACGCUCCGAGCUUCACUCACGGCCACGCGGUGGAACGCCACGGAGCGGACUACAGAGGCGCUUGUGACUUAUUACCCGCCUCAUGUGCUGGAGGACGAGUGGGUGGCUGCGAGCGAGGUGCAGCGCGUGAAGCGCGUGGAGAUCGCCGCGCUGCCCGCCGCCGCCAAGGUGGCGCUGUACGAGCACUUCUGCCUGUCGUACCGCGGCCCCGCGCCGCCCGCGCCCGCCGCCCGCGCCGCGCCGCCCGCCCGCGCCCCGCGGCGCUGCGGCUCCGCGCGCAUGCUGGCGCAGCUGCUCCGCAAGCGCCGCUCCGCGCCCGCGCCGCUGCAGCCCGCCUGCCCGCCCGAGCCCGACAGCGUCGAGCUGGCCGAGCCCGAGCGGCCCAGCGGCGCCAAGAAACGCAAGAUGGGACGACGCUACGGAGGCAACUCCUUCUGGCCCUGCGGACGAUAAACCCUCACGCACACGCAUCGUAUCGCAAGCGUACUCGAAACACUCGCUGUAUUGGAAACACUGUUCAAAAUGUACGUGUAGGUCUCCGUCGGAGUGCGGUACGCUUCCGGUACGCGCCGUGUGCGGGGGCUAGCUGAGCGAUCCCGGCGCCACACUGCACUAGACACGUUAUAGUGUAACUGCGGACCGACGGACGCUUCGGAACAUUGAGAUGAGUGAACGAUAGGAAAAUGAUGUAGAUGAAUUUAAUUUUAUGCGAAUGAAGAUAUGAAUUUGUUUAUGUGUGAUUAAUUACAUUUUUAAUACAUUUUUACAUUGAAUAUCUUGUUUCCAAAGUGUCCGCCGGUCCGCAAACAUUAGUUGAAUGUAUGAAGUUAGUUCGAUCGCUUGGAUAUAUCGGCGGUGUGGCACCGAGCGAGACAGAUGUUGAUUCGCCGAUUGGCCGACGAUAUCCGUUAGGAAAAUUCUCGCCAAAGAUUGUUGGAGCCGCGUCGCGGUUUAGACUGCUACGGCAGAAAGUUAAAUUUUAUUCACAAGACUGAUGCUUUUUUAUAAUGAUAUUGAACGGUCGAAAUAUCGAGCCUUAACGCGUCCGUUCAUCGAUGUGGAGAGCGCGGCGCGAACAAACGUGUACAUAGUUAGUCGGAAGUGUAUAGUAAGUUCGUAUUCGAUGUAAGAUAGGCAUAGAUAAGACGUUAGUCUGAUAGCGUAAGUUAGCUUAAGAACGACCAGCGAUGCACAUCACUGCCAUUGUACAUAGUAUAGUCACGUCGCAUGUGACAAGGGCUGUAUCUCACUAUUUCUAUUGAAUUUCUAUCGGUAGAUAUACUAGGACAGGUUCUCCCACUAAUUUACAUCUGCCUAGGCUUGGUAUAGUCUUCCAGUGUCGCCGGAGUAGGGUCCCAGUCCCGGUACGUGUGUAGGAGUAGUGGGCAGCAGCCGCGCCAAGUGCCUGCGAGUGUCGUCACCAGUUCGUGUUCAGAGCCGCGUACUCAUAUCAGACUCGCAGUUAGCGUACGACGAACAAUUUUGAUAAUCGACGUUUUAUUCACCUUGUUGAGUUUUAUGACUAAGAAUCAACAACUGUCUGUAGUCUAAUAAUGUCACUGCCAUUCAAAGUUGUGUACAACUAGAUACUGUUAGCAAUAAAACUUUUGUGAUAAGAUACUGAUAACCGAUGUUCGUUUCCACGCACAAGAUUAGCCGUAUUUUUGUGUGAUACAUAAAUAUACAUUAACAAUAGUGUAGCAGUGAUUUUUAAAUAUAUAGAGUAAAUUUCUAAUUCAAUUUAUGAGAGGAUUUGUUUGUUGAGGGGACACGCGUUGUGCAACCCGAGUGCUCUUACUGCAAGAAUUUUUAUAAACACCUUUUUUAACACACAACAUUGACGAAGGAAGUAAUUCUGGAUCUAAAUAUUACUUAUUGUACAUGAAUACAAUUUGAUAUUGGCACUAUUAAAGAGUUGACUAGAAUAGGACGUUGGUAAAUAUACCAUAAAUAGCUCGUGUUGCACAGACGUGGUGUACAGUAUAGAGGAUUUAGUAAAGCUAUUGUGAAAGUAAUAAUUAUUGUAGUGGCGAAUGUUUUUAGAUCAUUGAAAUAAGGAGCCUUGAAAUGUUCAAUAUUAAUAAUUUAUCGUAAGUUAUGGUUAUGUCCCCAUAACCAAUAGAAAAGCAAUGUUGCAUCGUGUUCUUAAUAAUAUUAAACUUAUUAAUAACGAGUAAGCGAUUUUUGUAAAAGAAACACCAAAUGAAACGUAAAGUAAGAUCGCGUCAGAAAGCUUGUGGUAGUUUCCAAUGAUCUAAGCGCAUUUAUAGGCAAGUCCGAGGAAUAGACUCCGAAUGAUAUACAGUAAGUAGUCGCUCAUACAGUAAACAUGCCAAUGAUAACGUCAAUAGUUGGAUUAGUACAGUUUAGAUUAAACGAACUUUUUGGAUGCCCCUAUACAGAAGUUGUCAGAUUAUUACUGCCUUUUAGCCAUAAGGGAUUAUACAAGUGAAUAUAAAAUUGUGUUCUGUGCUCACACGAUCUCGCUAGUAUUUUUUAGUUAGUGCCUAUAGCGUUAAGUUAGGACGAAUUGUGUGAACGUGGUGUGACCUUAAUUGUAUAAACACCAUAACGUAUUUUUCAAACUAUCGCUUAUCGUAAACUGGAACGGAGAUUUUAUUAGAUUCAUUUAAUAGUGUAAUUCGGCCCCUAGAGUAAUAAUGUGAAUUGAACGUGAAGUAUAAUGUUUGGGAGCCUGAGGCUUGAGGCGGUCAGGACGCGCCGGCCACAGACGUGUUUAGGAAAAUUUCUCUAGUAGUCAAGUUGGUGCCUGAUUGUUCGCGUGUUUAGGGGAUCGUAAUGCUAACAUAUUAUACAGUUUAGACUUCCUUUUGGAGCAUUUCCAACGUACUGAUUAUUUUUUUAAUAAAUUUAAAAAAUUAGAGUAAUUAUUUUUUCAGCACUGAUCGUAGUGCCAUAUUUUAUUGGCUCGCUUUUUAAUAAAUUAUUUUUAUAGUGAAAUUCGACACCAAAAUCAGAGAGACAAAAUUAGUUUUUUGUUCUAUCCGUGUAACAAUAUGGACUUGAAUAUUUGAUCUCAGAAAUCGACAGUGUAUCAGAUUAUGAUGAGAAUGCAUGAGAGGAUCCUGCGAGUUGCGUGUCGAGUGUGCUUCUUAGAGAACAUGUUAAGUGUCGCUCAAUUUAAAUUUAUUUUACUUACGAGAACAAAGUUUGACACAUAUACAAACAUACAUUUUGGCCUAUCAAAAUGCUUGAGUACAAAUUUCGUUUCGCUAUAUUUACGACGCAAUGAAAUGUCUAGUGUUUGGCAAAUAAUCGGACUAAAAUUAAAUUAACAUUAGAGUAUUGUUAGUGGUUCAGAAUGUUAGUCAGAGAUGAUAUUUUGUGAAGACGAGCCUCUUCGGACGAGGUGAUGAAAUUAUAUCUAAAUACAUGAUAAUAAUGGUAAGCUCGAAAAGAUACAAUAUAUUUUUAUCACUGCCACCAUAGUCAUAGUCGUGUUGAUGUGACAGUUGAGUUCGGUUUUGCAUGUCCGUGCAGCGAGCGUCUGUUCACUUAUUGCUCAGCGAAUAUAGAAUUUUAAUUAACCGCGGGCUCACUCGCAUGCAAAAUCUUUUUGUUACGUGACAGAGUAUUCAACGGGGAACAAUGGUAGUCGUUGCCAAUUUUAUUUAAGCCCUAUAGUUUGACGAGCAUUAUGUUGUGUGGCGCGUCCACUGGAGUUAUGCGAAGGCGUGAAACACAUUACAGCCGUCUGCAGACGCGCUUGUACGAUGAUGUAAAGUUCGCGGCUGGAUUAUAAAAACACCAUCUUCAAUCACAACUGUGUCGUUGGAAAUUGUGGUUUUUAAUCCGUCUGCCGCACUCUCAAGGAAUGUAAAUAGUUAAGUAUUUAUUAUUAAGUAUUAUUCUGCAUAGUACUGUAAUUUGCUUCGCGCCUGGUUGGGCCUUGGGGAGGGAGGGCGGUGGGCCCGGGCUGGCUGGUUGGGCCGCAGUCUCGGGUUCGCCGCGGGUAGUAUAGUGGUAAUGUUCGCGAGUUGUCUUUCAAACACGUUUCCUAUAUUAUGCGUUUAUUAUAUGAAUGUUCUCCUUUAUUGUAAAUGUUUGAAUACAAUAGUAACUAUGUGGAGCCUGUGUAUUCCAAAUAGUGUGCACUACUUAUUCAAUUUGUAGAUAUUUAAUUAUAUAUAGUAUAAAGUUUAAUGCGUUGUCUUAUUUGCUUAUACCCUAUGGUGAAAUCGGUGAAAUUAAUUAUAAUUUUGAACCCACGAGCUGAUGGGUAAUCUACCUCAAUUAAUUUAUCACACAUUUGGGCAUAAUAAUAGUGAAUGUUAAUUUAAAUUUGAAAUUUGUUCAAUGUAGUUAUUAUUAAGAUUUUUUUCAAAUAAAAUGGUUUGUCCACCUGUCACAAGUACUGUAUCUUAUAUUAAAUACAUAUUGUAUGAUUGAUAA